UUGGAGGGAACAAGGGUUCAGACAGCCCCCGGGUGCGCUCCGCUCCGGGUAGGUGCUGGGGUCCGUAAGCCACCUCCUACCUGCGUGCAGGACCGCGCUGAUAAAGAGACCUGCAGAGCGCGGUAGCGCAGACAGACGAGAGGGAUAGUUACUGAAGAAGUGCAUGACAUCACAGCCACGCCGUUCUUUCACGUGUCCGUCGAGGAAUCAAAAUGAGACAUCUUGCGAACUGAGGAGAAGAGCGACCCUGGGCUGCGCGCUGGUUUUAUUUUUGGGUCCGAAGGCGGUGCGCACGAACAGUCGCCGAUGGAGGGCUUGCGCUUGAACAACACCCAGCUGCCAUACUGGAACAGCACUGAAGUGUGCCCCACCUCCAUCAUUGGUACCACCUUCCUCAUUGUGGCCUACAGUGCCAUGCUGGCGGUGGGCCUUGUGGGCAACACCUGUCUGGUGCUGGUGAUCCUGAGGCAGAAGGAGAUGCGCAACGUGACCGACAUCUUCAUUGCCAGCCUCUCAUGCUCAGACAUCCUCAUGUGUCUGGUCUGCCUGCCCACCACCAUCACGUACACGCUGAUGGACAGGUGGAUCCUGGGCGAGGUGUUCUGCAAGUUCUCGCCGUUCGUGCAGUGCCUGUCCGUCACCGUGUCCAUCUUCACCAUGGUCCUCAUCGCCCUGGAGAGGCACCAGCUCAUCAUCCACCCCACGGGCUGGAAGCCGGCCGUGGGCCACUCCUACCUGGCCGUGGGCGUUACCUGGGCAGUGGCGUGCGUCAUCUCUGUGCCGUUCUUCUCCUUCAGCGUCCUCAAGGACCUGAAUGAGUACCUGCCCUUCAACUCCUCCCACGUGGUGUGCAUGGAGAGCUGGCCGGUGAUUGGCUACCGGCAGGCGUACACCACGUCGCUGCUGGUGUUCCAGUACUGCCUGCCCCUGUUUCUCAUCACCGCCUGCUACUUCCGGAUCUUUCUGCGCCUCAGCCACCGCAGGGACAUGAUCGAGAGGACGCGCGACGCCCAGCAACGGAAGGCCCGGCAUGCCCACCGGGUCAACGUCAUGCUGGCCACCAUCGUGGCUGUCUUCGCCGUCUGCUGGCUGCCACUGACCAUCUUCAACGCCAUCUUCGACUGGCACCACGAGGCCCUUCCGCUGUGCCAUGACGUCGUCUUCUCGGCAUGCCACCUCACCGCCAUGGUGUCCACGUUCAUCAACCCCGUCAUCUACGGCUUCCUCAACAGCAACUUCCAGAAGGAGCUGAAGGCCCUACUAUACCAGUGCCGCUGCUGGGGGGCACCGGAGAGCUACGAGAGUUUCCCCCUGUCCACCGUAAGCACAGACACGACCAAGUUCUCUGUCCUCAGCAAUGGCUCCGUCAACGUCAGCGUCUUGCAGCAGCAACAGGACAAAGAGUGUUUAUAAGCAAAUCUGCGACAAGCGUUCCCCUGGUUAGUUUACGACCUUCAUGUAAGCUGAUUUGACGAUUCAAAGCGGUUCCAGGUCCAUUGAACGUCAUCCUACUCUGAAGCAGCACUCAUCAUGGCCCGCGCAUAGUCAUCGGAUUACUGCAUUUCUAUUGGCCGGUUUGGGAAUUGACAGGCCUGUCAUUGGUGGAAACCAGUGGAAGAAGAACAGCAGCUUGUGGUGAGGAAGGAAAACACUUGUUCACAGAAAGCCUCCUCAUGGUGUCCGACCUCCCUGUAAAGAAGAUGGAGGAGUUUUCCUUUAUCAGAAGACCAAGCUCCCACGUGGGCAGGAGAGGCUGGAGGUCUUCACAUCCUUGCGAGCUGUCUCACGCUGUCGCGCUGACCAGACGUGGAGAUGGACUGGUAUAUUGAGCUAGCAGCAUACAUAGCCUAAAGAUGACCUUCAUAAAUUAAUCUGUGUAAAUACUGGACCAUGCCUACAGUGGUAUUUUAGAAUAUUUUGAUAUUCUGUGCUAAUAAUAGGCAGAUUAUGUCCUGUUGCUGUAGUAAUAUUUAGAAGCCAAAAGUAGUAAGAUUUCUGUCAUGGUUUUGUCCGUAAUGAGAGACCACAUAGAUCCUAACAGACUUGCAGUAUUUGGGAGGACAAACACAUAAACUUCAUAACAAGAAAACAGGAUAUGACAACGUCACUCCAUAGUUUAAAAAUAGGAUUGCAAUAUGUAACCAGUAAACACUUGCUUCAAAAGUGGACCAACCAGUAAUGUCUAAUGUAAAAACAUAAUGUAUACAACAGAGACGUAAUUGUUAUAGCUCAGUGUGACUCUAGAGAGCUGCACGACAAAGAUCUCAGUUGUAGCACGCUCUUUGUCUCGGUCACCUGGGAACCUUUAAGCACUUUUAGGGAGCUAAAAUAAAGCUAGAUUUUACACAGAUUGUUCAGCUUCUUUUUCAAAGGCAGUAGAAAUACCCAAACGCUCGUGUACCGUGCUAGAGUCCUGUGUCGUGAUGCAUAUUAUUUCAGACUGUGACGAAUGGCUUUGAAGUACAGUGAGCUCUUUAAGUCAGAAUCCGCUACCAAGGACUGAUUAGAUUUCAGAAAGGAUUAAAACCGAACAGAAAUGUUUAAUCAGCUGAGUUUACACGAUUUAAAACUGAAACUUCCUUUUCUGUUUGAUAAAACUGUGUAUGAAGUUAAAAUAUACCCGCAUGUGCGCGUUCGUGUCGGCGCAUGAGCGCUUAUAGCCUCGUGUCAGCUGUUAACACAACGCAAGCUAGUAAGACAACAAACACACAGCAAACAUACACACAAACACAGUAAACAUGUUCGGAAGACUGACCACAGAGUCCAUGUUUAUCAUGUCUUUUGCACGUUGAUGUAUCAUAGACAUUCUAAGAAUCCCAUGAACUUAGUGAGGUUUUAUACAGGCCAGAUGAGAGUACCAGAUUUAUAGCCAUAGAUGCAUAGAUAAAGAGGUACAAUGCGCAAACAUAGUUAUGUGUAUUUAAGGAUGAUGUCAGCAAAGUUCUGUCUUUUAUGGGCCUUUGCUGAUUGGUGUUAGACAUCAGAAUAUAAUUAGCACUUUGUAAAAUGCGAAUAUGUAAUGAUCUCAUUUCAGUUGGUUUCAUCUUUGCACACCUCUGGUAAAAUUCAGAUUUCUGCAUGCUGAAUCAACACAUCUUAGUAGCACAUUUCAACGUGAUAUUGGGUGUGACAGUGAAUUGAUGAAACAUCUUUUCAGGUUGCCUAUUGACUGCAACUGAUUUUCAAAAUCAUUUUGUCAGAUAAGACUGUUAGGAAGGAAUGACUGUGCAGUCUCAUUGUUUAAACUAUUAAACGUUCCUGGUGUUGUGCAAAACGACAAAUUCUACAGUGAUGUGUUUUGUGUUGAUGGUUUUGAUUUUGGAAUGUGUAUAGUGAACAUUAAAAUGAUUUAACCUU